AAAAUGUUUCUCAAAAAAAUUAUAAUUAUUAGAAAAGGUAAAAAGGGAAGGUAAAAAGUACAAAAGGAAUAUUUACAAAGUAAAGUACUAAUAAUAAGACACCAAGUAUUUUGUUUGCAACUUAAAAACAUCACAAAGAAAAAGACAGAAAACAACUGUAUUUUGAAAAAAUCAAUAAUUUUGCCACCCUCCAACAGAUCCAAAAUAUGAAAAAAAAAAACUUUCAAUAAAAAUCAACAAUUACAUGCAUGCUUAUUCCUCCGUCUCAAUUUAUAUGACGAUGUUUAUUAUUUAUAAAGAUAAACCUCUUUUAUUUGAGUAUGACGUUUUUAGUUGUUAAAGCGAAAUGUUAACUUAUAGUAAUCUUCAUAUAGAUUGUCAUCUAACGUCUAUGAAUGUCUUCACAUUAAUCGGACGAUUCAUCAAUGUCGGUAUCUCAGUCACAGAUUGAUGUUGUCCUCAAAAUACCCCUUAGUUUUUACUCAACUAUAUCCGUAGUAUCAGGAUUUCGACCACCCGGAUCAUUUAUGCAAAUGAUAUUUAGGUUACGAUUUAGAUUUUAUCCAUAUUUUUAAAUUUUAAUGAACAGAAUAUUAAACUGUCAUCUAACGUGUAAUAAAACUGCGAUCUAAUAUAGACCAUCAUAACUUACAAAAAAAAAUAAAAAAUAAAACGACGAUCAUUUACUAAACAGCUGACCAACCAAAAAUUUCCUAAUAGGACAAAGGGAGGGACCAAAUUUCAAAUAUUUCAAAACCAUAUACAAAUGAACAAAAAAUCCUUUGAUACAAUAAUUCAUUUGUUCUCUUCUUCUUCUACUACUACUUUGUGAUCUCUCUAAAUUUCAUUAUUUCUUUUAACACAAUGCCAAUAUCAACAAUUGAACAUCAAUAUUCAAGAUUCAAAAAUCCAAAAAACAACACUCAUUCUACCCCUAAUCAUCAAUUUUCCAACACAAAUGUAUCAAAAAACAAGAAAAAAUUUAUGUCUAUGAGCUUUAGAGGGCUAGGAUGUAAGGGAAAAUUAAACUCACCGGACGCGUCGACACCGGAAGUUAUUAGAUCAGCAGCACAAUGGGAGAGUAGUAGUAAGCAAAUGAGGAAAAAUAGAAGAAAAAAGAUGACAACAUUGUCAACAAGUACUAGGAAUUCAACUAAUGUUGUUUGUUGUGCUCCUCCUGGUAUUGGUUCUGCUUAUGAUGUUGCUCCUAGGCCAAAAACAAGAUCAAAUAAUAGAGAGCACCCUCGUAUCGCGAGGAGAGCAACGAAUGGCGAAGCAAUUUCUAGGUCUCAUACGUCUAAUACAAGACAUCAUUGCCCUCGUUCUCAUCAUCGUCCUCAUAUUAUGAUCCUCAGACACAAUUUGCAAUAUGCUAGAGAUGUAGAAGGGGAUGAUCAAUAUGGAUCUUGGAGACUAGAUGUAGAUGAUAUGUCAUAUGAGCAAUUGGUUGAACUAAGUGAUAAGAUUGGGUAUGUGGGAACAGGUUUAGAAGAAGAGAAGAUAGUUGAAUAUAUAAGAAAGUUUUAGCUCUCAACAAUUGACUCAUAUUCAAUGCUAAUAUCUACUGAAAAAAGUUGGAAAUGUACCAUUUGCCAAGAAGGAUACAAAGUUGAUGAUGAAAUUGGAAAACUAGAAUGUGGACACUACCAUCACAUUGAGUGCAUAAAGAAAUGGCUUAUGCAUAAAAAUUCAUGUCCUAUUUGCAAAAUUGCAGCAAUCCAUGAAAAUUAAUUAUUGACAAAAAUUUCUUUCACUUUUCUCUAUAUUUUUAUAUUAUAUAGUCAAGAAUAUUUAAUUUCAGAGGCAGAAAUUAAAUUUUGGUUUUAAUUUUUCCUA